ACUAACUGUCAAAUUAAGCAAUUAUUGUGCAUUACAUGAUUACAAUCAAAGAGUAAAGUGAUUUAUGAUUACAAUGGAGUUUAUCUGUUAAUAUCUACAAAAAUGUUCAACAAAGUUUUCCAACGCGCACUAAAAUUUCGAUUGAAAAAGACUUAUCCUACGAACAUCUAUGAUCUGUCUCGGGGCUCUGCUGUGGCUGUGAAGCGGCCGUACAGCGACGAAGUCCGCAGAGCACACGAAACGACCACUACGAUCGGGCCCACAAUAUUCGACAAGAUCAUAUCUAAGGAGAUCAGAGCCGAUAUCAUAUACGAAGAUGAUUUAUGUCUUGCUUUUAACGACAUAGCACCGCAGGCGCCAGUACAUUUUCUUGUUAUUCCAAAGCGUAGAAUAGCAAGGUUGCAGGAUGCGGAGAACAACGACAACGAGCUGCUAGGUCACUUGAUGCUGGUAGCCCGGUCACUCGGUGCCCAAAGAGCUCCUUCAGGAUGGCGUCUUGUGGUUAACAAUGGCAAAGACGGAGCUCAAAGUGUUUAUCAUCUACACCUUCAUGUUCUGGGUGGAAGACAGAUGGGCUGGCCACCUGGGUAAGCUAUAUUAAUUGCUGUAAACUCUGGCUGAAAAAGAUGCAUAAAAUUGGGUGUUUUCUAUUAUUUAACCCCUUUUUAAUAUGAAAUUAUAAUUCACUGUUUUCAAGAUGAAACCAGUCCCUCUCAGUCUACAUUAAACAUGAUUACUGUGCAACAUAUUAUCAUGUUGUUUGUUGUUCUAAUGCUGAGUGAAAGAAAGACAAACAACAUACACAAUGACAGCUAUAAAUAUAUUGUAUACGUCACUGAUGUGUGUCAAUAUUCAAUAUGAUACCUGUUAUACUAAUGAGACUUAUGAAUUAUAUAAUUCUCAUACUAGGUACUAAAUAACAAGGUGUAAUUUGGUAAACUUUGAUUUGUUCCUUUUGUUUUGCAAAAAGAUUUAAAUUAAUAAUUUGAUUUUCACAUGAAAUCAAAUCCCAAAUUUUUUCUCAUACUUUUUGAGCAUUUGUUCUGCAUUUUGGUAUCAAUUUUUCAGAUGAACAUUUUCUGAAAACAAUAUAUAUAUAUGUUUGUUAUUCUUAACUUACUUCCUUGUUUCACUGAUUUGUUUAUUUUAGAAACAAGCACUGCAAUUUAAUGCAAACAAUGGGCUAGACCUAGUCAUUAAGAGAAAAAAGUUUUUUAUAAACUAUAAUAACAUAACAAGCAGAAGAUCAAGUGUAUAUAAGCUCAAAAUAACAUUUGUAAUGAAAUGAAACAAAUGUAUCACAGAUAAAGAAAUGAGAAUAUAUUAAUUUCUGUAUUAGAACGUCAUGUUUUUUCCCUUUUUUUCCCUUUGAAAUAUUAGAAUUUCUGGUUCUAAAGAACUAGAUUCACAAUAGUUUGCAUUAAACAAUCUGUAAUUAUUUUUUCAGUCAGAGUUUUGUUAUUUUUGUGUCAUAUGAAUACCAAUGUCUAUUUUGUUAUUAUUACUGAAAUAACAUAAAGUGCAAUUGUUAUUGGCCAAAUUAAUUAUUUAGAAUAGAAUUUUUUAUUAUUUUCUAAUGUAAACUAAAUUAGGGCUUGCAUUAUAUUUUUAAAAACGUGAGCGUUUUUUUUUUGUGAUUAAUUAAUGAAUAAAGGACAUGAGUCAUGCUCUCACCAUAUAGCAUUGUUGUCCAUGCCACCAUUGCGUUCAUCCACAAUGCACAUCCAGAUUUAUUUUUUCAAAUAAUGUAUAAGGAAGGGUCUGAAGUGAGUUGCGCAUUGGAAAUUCAGGCGAACCCGAAUGACAUUGUUGUUGGUAAUGCCUUGAAAUGAAAAAUAAAUAAAAAAGCGCUUGCAGUUCUCAUGUCUGAUGAUCAUGAUGGUCACGAAAUGUGUAUUGAAACGUAAUACCGUGGUUUGUAGCAGUGCGUUCUGUCGUUUUAUUGACAAUACGUAUAUCCAAAACGUUUCAAAACAGCUAAAAGCAUUAAAACUGACAAGAAAUCAAAUUGCACCUUACAGUCACUUUUUUAUUUUUAUAAGAAUAAAAAUAAAAUCCUUCCUCCUUAAUUAUACAAAAUUUCUAGUCACUUUAUCAAUAGGUGUCACGGUCCGCUGUGACAAACAAACAAUCUCACACGUUUCAUUGCGCUCGUUGCACCUCGCGCGCGUCGACCGAUGUACAAUAAGCGGCUGGCUCCGUGUCAGAGAACGAGUCAAGAUCUUUGUAACUACAACUGCUCAGUUUCAACUCGAUCGAUUAAUAGAUGCGCGACCAGACUGUCUCUCUGUUACACUUAAAAUGACAUAAAUACGUCCACAGAAACGGAUCUUUUGAAAUCUGAAAAUAGAAAGUCUAUUUUCUCAAUGUAAGUUAAAUUAGUAAAGUCUUCCAUGAUCUGAAAUUGGAUCUAAUUAAAUAAAGACUAGCUAUAAAGUAGAUGUCAUAUAUAAUAGAACAUUUUUAAAUUGUCAAAAGAGGCGGCUAAGUUCCGCCAACUUUCUUGCUUCGAUGCAUUCAUCCGUUCCGGCUUGAGGAGCCGGGAGCGAGGAGUACAGAUAAUGAAAUACAAUUCGUUUUGUGUUGUAAGUUUUACAUUUCUUUCUUAGCAACCAACGCGUUUGUUGCCGACAGUCCGGUCCGAGUACCCAUGUCCGUAUCUAAAUAGUAAAUGUAUUAAAUAGUAUUAAAUAAGCUAUGGAAUGAACUUUGGUUGCCGUAGUUAGAAUUCCACCAUAGAUAAUAAAUACACUUAAAAUUCCACGCCGUUCCUACAGAAUUAUACACGAUAUAAAAAACAUACAGCCGUGUAGAGUAACAUUAUUUACACUCUGGAAAAAAAUACGACCGUUCAUAAAAAUAACAUUAAAUAGUGUUAAAAUAUCUAGUCAUCAUUAAUAUUCAAAUGAAUAGAACAAUUAGAAUUAUUUAAAAUAAAAUAAGAGAUUACUGGCCGGCCCAGACAAGUUUGCUACAAAUAUUUUUUAUUAUCUGAAUAACGAUAGAACACACUUCAAACUGUGGUAUUAGUUUUAAUAAACUUGAAUCAAUUGUUUUAUGUUAUGUGAUUCGAUAAUAUGAAAACAUAUUAUCGGUUAAUAUUACGUUACGAUCCAUGUUUAUGUUUACCUUGUUUAAGUAUCGGUUGAGGGUAAGAUCGCGUUAUUGUUCUCUCGGUUUUUGAAAUGAAAAUACAAGUAGGAAGUCUGACGCGACCCUAGUACAUGUUAAGAGUUUAAGUUAUUUUAAAUUCUGUAAACGAAAUAUUUUUGGAAAUAUACUAUUGA